AUGGCGAUAUCGGAGUCCGUCGGCAGGAAGAUCGCUCUGAGCUACUUCUACGUGCUCGUGUGGAUCGUUUUAAGCUUCUCCGUUAUUGUGUUCAACAAGUACAUUCUCGACAGGAAGCUGUACAACUGGCCUUACCCUAUCAGGUGCGUCUCUAUUGCGCGUGUGCUACCUUCGCGCCCCAUCAUCUCACCCUACCAACAUAUUACCCCGCAAUUCCACCCUCCAUUUCCACCCCCAUUCAACUCCACCAUCCCCGCCUUCCCCUUUAACCCCUCCCGCCCCCGCCUGCUUUUUCGACUGCCCUCUUGCUGUUCCCACUUUCCCCCUGCUGCUCUCGCUUUCCCCCUGCUAUUCCCGCUUCCCCCUGCUCCUCCCGCUUCCCCCUGCUCCUCCCGCUUUCCCCCUGCUAUUCCCGCUUCCCCCAUGCUGCUCCCGCUCUCCCCCUGCUGCUCCCGCUUUCCCCCUGCUGCUCCCGCUUUCCCCCUGCUGCUCCCACUUUCCCCUGCUAUUCCCGCGUCCCCCUGCUCCUCCCGCUUUCCCCCUGCUCCUCCCGCUUUCCCCCUGCUGUUCCCUCUCCCCCCCUGCUGCUCCUGCUUCCCCCCUGUUGUUCCCGCCUCCCCUUGCUCCUCCCUCUUCCCCCUGCUCCUCCCGCUCCCCAAUGCUGCUCCUGCUCCCCCCUGGUGUUCCCACUUCCCCCUGCUGCUCUCGCUUCCCCACGCUGCCCUCCUUCCCUUCGCUUUCCACACCCCUCCCCCGCCACCAGUCACACCAUGGUCCACAUGGCCUCACAUCCGAGCUGCCCAUUCCCUUUCCCUUUUUCUACCCCUCUUCGCCCCUCCACACCUACCAGUCACACCAUGGUCCACAUGGCCUCACAUCCGAGCUGCCCAUUCCCUCUCUCACAUCCCCCCACUUCUCCCCUCCCCCGCCACCAGUCUCACAAUGGUCCACAUGGCCUUCUGCUCGCUCCUCGCCUCCCUUCUCGUCAAGGUCUUCCGAGUGGUCGCACCCAUCGCCCUCACUACAGGGAUGUACCUCACAUCAGUGCUGCCCAUUCCUAUUCCCCCCUUCUCCCCGUCCUUUUUCUCCCCCACCAUCCCCUCCCCCCCACAGCAGUCUCACCACGAUCCACAUGGCCUUUUGAUCUCUCUUCACUCACAUCCGUGCCGCCCACUCCCCUCCUCCCCGCCUCUCAGGGUGUUUUUGAGAAUUCUCACCAUGAUCCACAUGGCCUUCUGCUCGCUCCUCGCCUUCCUAUUGGUCAAAAUCUUCAAAGUGGUCGAACCCAUCGCCCUCUCUACAGAGAUGUAUCUCACAUCAGUGCUGCCCAUCGGCGCGCUCUAUUCUCUCAGCCUCUGGUUCUCCAACUCAGCCUACAUCUACCUUUCUGUCUCGUUCAUUCAGAUGCUCAAGGCCCUCAUGCCAGUCGCAGUCUAUCUCCUCGGAGUCCUCUUCACACGAGAGGUCUUCAGAACCUCUGCCUUUGCCAACAUGGUAGCAAUCACAGUGGGGGUGGCCGUGGCGGCGUAUGGGGAGGCAAAUUUUAACGUCACUGGUGUGCUGCUGCAGCUUGCAGCUGUGUGCUUUGAGGCCCUACGUCUUGUUCUUAUACAGAUCCUCCUAACAGCAAAGGGCGUCUCCCUCAACCCCAUCACAUCACUCUACUACAUCUCGCCCGUCUGCCUCCUCUUCCUCUCCCUCCCCUGGAUUCUCGUCGAGUACCCCCGCCUCGCUCCCUCGCUCACCAUCCCCGCUCAACCUGCGCUCAUCCUUUUCCUCGCCAACUGCGCGUGUGCCUUCUCGCUCAACCUCGCUGUGUUUCUGCUCAUUGGGAAGACGUCAGCUCUCACCAUGAACGUGGCAGGAGUGGUUAAGGACUGGCUGCUGAUUGCGUUCUCAUGGUCGGUUAUCCGCGACAGAGUCACAGCAAUCAAUCUACUUGGCUAUCUUCUGGCCUUUGUGGGGGUUUGCUGGUACAACAGCAUGAAGCUACAGGAACUGAAAGCAAAGGAGACUUCCAGGAAGCUGCAGCAAGAGCAGGAGCAAAGCCAGCAGGGGGGAGCGGGGGACGAGGAGUCGGGGCAUUUAUUGGGUGGUGCUGAGUUGACUCAAAGGGAGCUGACUCAAAACGAGCUGACAGAAAGGUCGUUGGAAUCAGGGGACUCAACAGGAAAACCAGCAGGGUGA